UCGUUGGCAGUUGGUAUGCAGGAGGGCGGCCUUGUGACGAAGACGGCCUUCCAAAGAUUAGAAAGUGUAAACUUUCUAAUCUCAGCUUCAGAAGUAUUUGUUUCAUUACGUAUUGUCGUUUAAUAGUUAAAAUUUGUUUUUGUGAUUAUAACAGUGUUGUGCUUUUAAUGGAAGUCACCUAUUCAGUCAGAAAUACUAACAGAUUUUUGCUGCACCUACUUUACUGUGAGCAUUAAAAAUCCUGUCAAGACUUUCACUUCCAAAUACGUCUCGAAGUAAUGGUAUCCCGUCGAAAAAUUCUAUCAAGGUCACGUGAUGAUCUCCAUAUGGAUUCCGUUUAUCAACCCCCUGAAGAGGAAGAAGAUGUUUGGUAUCAGAAAGAAAAAUUAUACAGGGAUCACAUACAAGAAGUGUUAAAUAAAUGGACUCAAAUUGAUGAUGAAAUAUGGGCCAAAGUUAUUGUUUUUGAGAGAAAUCGUAGGGUUGCAAAAGCCUAUGCCCGAGCUCCUGUUCUUACUGUGAAUGAUUCUGAUGAUGGAUUCGAUGGAUUUAGAAUUGGUUUAUGUGGAUUUGAGAACCCUAUGAGAGAUCAAAAAACCGAAGAAUAUAAAAGGCAUAUUGGUCAUGGAGUUAAAAUUAAAAUGGAUGAUGCUGGUAACAUAUUAAUUAAACGAGUCUCAAAAUGUAAUGUGUAUAUUAAAAAUACGGCUCAAGAAUCGGAAAAUGCAAUAGGAAAUGAAAUUUUCAAGAUACCCAAUUGUGCCUUGGAACCUGAAAAACCUGUGAAAUUGUUUGAUAUGAAAAAGUUCCAGUCAAAUGUAAAUCGUGAACUAAGGCGGGCUUAUCCAGAUCGUAGAAGAUUAGAAUGCCAGUGUCUAAGCGCAAUAGCCUUUGUUAAAGUAGAACCUGAAUUAUUAGAAUGUCCUAUCUGGGUUAUGAUCAUAAAUAUAGUUGCCUUAGACAUGUUGAAGUCAAAACUUCCACCUGUUCAAAGAGUCAUGGAUAUUAAAAACCGUCCUAGAAUUCCUAUUCCAGAUGAAGAUCCCUAUAGCAUAGCUGUUCAUGAUAAUGGUCACUUUGGUACUUCAAACUAUGCUGGAGGAAGUGUAGCCGCAACAAGGGAGCAACUCCUGCUACAAAGUCAACAUCACAAUCAACGCCGUAGUGACAAACCUCCAAAAUUACCUCCACGGGAAAAAAUGUAUCCCCAAGAUAUUCCCCAACCUGAUUAUGAUGACUAUAUGUCUGGAAGGCAAUUGAAAACACUCAUGUCUGCAAAAGAUAAGGAAAGAUCAAAUGAUAACAAGAAAUUUGAUGAAGAUCCUUAUUAUUGUGGAUUACGUACUAGAGUACCAAACUUCAUUCAGCGAAGGAGUGAUAAGCCUCCCAAGUUACCACCUCGGGAGAAUAUGUAUCCCCAUGAUAUACCAAAACCUGAUUACGAUGACAAUGUCAGCAAUAUUAGCAACAACUGGCUCAAACCGUUUGGAUCUUCAAGGGGAAAGGAGAAAUCAAAAGACAACAAACAGUAUGAAGACCCUUACUAUUGUGGAUUGAGAGCAAGAGUCCCUAAUUUCGUAGCCAAACUGAAAAGUAAAGAUUCAGUUCCAAUGAAAAGAUUCUCUAUUAGCCAACAAUCAGGUCCAACUCAUCCAAAAUGAUUCAGAGAUAUGUCAAGGUUACUUGAUAUUCAAUAUUUCGGUAUUCAGGAUUCAGUAAGUUGGGUAAAUCCAGUGGUAUUUUUAAUUACCAAUAUGUAGGUAAAAGAUCAAUUUCUAUAUCAUCACUUUUUACAAUCAUUUUUUAGAGAACUUUUUCUCAAUAGAAUUUAUUCUUUCCUAAACUCAAGCUAGAUGAUUCGUUAUCUUUCAAAUACUUGGGACGGCUGAGAAACCUUUUCAAUAUUUCCAGAUAAACAAAAAUGUCAGUACCUAUUAUUUUAUUUAGAAAUGCCUCAAGUUUAAAAAGCGUUUGCCAAAUUUUAUUGCAGUCACCUGGAUUGUUAAUAUUGCCAUUUGAUCAAGUGGCUGUUGACAUUGAACUGAAUUGUGUUUUAUAUGUAACCUUUCACAUUUAUCAUUCCAUGUUUUUAGAAGUGAUUAGUGAAUUUCAUCUGCUCAAAAACAAAUAUUUCAUAGACUCUCAAUUUCUCAACAUUUUCUUUUCAUCUUCAUGACAGAAAUACUUUUUUUACUGUCUGUUGUCUACUGAAUAGAACUUGCAGCAGCUUUAUUUCACUCUAGUUGAGAUAAUUUUUGAUAUUGAUGUAUUUUCUAAGUAGAUCAUUUUGCAAAAACCCAUUGUAUAACCAUUAGCAUAUUAGUGUACCCCUAGAAUGUUUAUUAUUUUUAGAUUGUAUAUAAAGUAGAAACUAAUGACGAAUAUGUUUUACCACUUGAUUUUGUUUAUUUUAUGUUGUUUUGUUGUCUUAAAUUUGUGUCAAAAGUGCUACUAAUAUUCAAAAUUUUACCAAAGGUUUAAAAACGAUAAAAAUCGUUAUUUGUCAAAAGUUUUGACAGUCCACAAGUACAACUUGGCACUUCAUUAAUUUCUUGAGACUAGUUUGCUAAUACAAUUUGUGAUUUUUUUAUCAAAAAAAAAAUGAAGGAAGUGUUCAUAUUGAAAGUUCUGUGAGGAUUUUCAACUUGGUUAUUCAUAGAUUUCUUGGAAAAAUAUAAUUUUCCAGAUGGCAGUUCGUUGAUUACUUUCAAGAUAAUGUGAUAUCCUUUCAUCAAAAGACUGCCAAAAAUUAUUGGACAAUUCAGUGCCAACCUAAGAUUUCAGUUUUCAUGCUCAUGCAACAUUUUUUUAGUUGAUUUUAGAAUAGGGACCAUCUGGAUAUGACGGAAAUCAAAGAAAUAUUUCACUAAAAGUGGUAAAUGAUUAAAUAUAUUUUUGUACUAAUUUUUUAUGAUGUUAUUCUCUUGUUAGUAAGUGUAUAAAAAUUUUCUACUGUAGUUCACUAAUACCAUUAUAGUAUAUUUCUAUUAUAGUAGUUAGUAAAAUACUCAAACUGUAUGUAGUUAGGAAAUUACUCAUCCGUCCAAUUGAAUCUUUUCUAUAAUCUCAUUUUUUAUUCUAAAUACUCAUAUCACCAAGUUUAUUCAUGAUUAGGAAUAAAAAUUGAAGUGUACUUUUUUUGAACAAAUCUGCUAUUUUGAACUUCUUUAAUUUUUCAUAAUCAUUCGUCUUCCAAAUAUACAAUAUCUCUCUUGGCAAGUUAAAAAUAUUUGUAACAUAUCUAAUCAAUUAUAUAUUUAUUGAAUUUUGAAUGAUUUAUGUCUGAAAUAUGUGAUGUAGGUGUAAGAGUAAUGUUUGUAUUGUUGACAAUUAUAUAUUAAUAAAAAUCUACUUAUGGU